UUACGGUAGUCGGUUGCGUGUUUUUACCUCAGAGGACGACGGAUAUGGCAGCGGUUUACAAACAGCAGCAGCUCUCUAACUCUGGACCCCAGUGCAACGAGGACCAAGCUGCAACUGCUUCCUCUCUGUUUACAAGACCAAGUGCCAACAGCUGACUCAUUUUCCCCAGUGGCCUCGGCUAGCAGUGGAAUUACCCCGUAUCGAGUUCAAGCCUGUAAAUGUUGAUCUAAACGCUCCUGAGCAGCUCUCGUUUGUUUUUUUUCUGACCAUCUGGCUCCUUUCAGCUGUCUCCUCAAUGCCUCGAUGGAAAUCUUUCUUCAGUCAACACCUUCGGUGGUCCAGUCCUGUCACUCAAGCCCUCACCCUGUCUGUGGUUACGUUCUGUGUCAUUCUUCCUCUGUGCUGCCAUCGACUGCUGUACUCCUACUACUUCAUUAAGUCCAUGUACCUGGACUCCAUGAGUGAGGAUGUCCUGCAGGAAAGUCUUAAGAGAGGUCAGGAUGCUCUGCGCUUCUGGCAGAGUGCUCCCACCCCGACAUCCUCCAGGCUCAGCGACGUCUCUCAGCGUCCGGAACUGCUGGUUACUGUGGUGACAGCCAGGCGGAAUGAGGGGUGGGAUUUCCACUACCUGCUCCAGGUGAUGCUGCAGCUGAGCAGAUUGGUGAGGAGUUGUGGGGAGCAGCGGUGUGCAGAGGUGCUGCUCUGCGAUGUGGAAAGUGGCCCCCAGGAGAACCAGGACGCCAAGCUGCUGGAAGCCCACUUCAAGGUCAUUCGGCGGUCCCCUCAAGAGCAGCAGAAGAACUGGGGACAAGUCAACACCUUUGAGAGGGAGAAAAGAGAUUAUGUGUUUUGUCUUCGCAAAGGAUGGGAGCUGGCGAAGCCCAGAAACAUGGUUGUUCUGGAGGAUGAUGCUCUACCGAGACUGGACUUUUUCACCGUUGUUAAGGACCUGCUGUCUCGUCGGUUUGCCCUCCAGACUCUUUACAUCAAGCUGUAUCACCCUGAAAGGCUGCAGCGUUACUGGAAUCCUGAGCCCUACCGUAUCCUGGAGUGGGUAGGUCUCGGACUGGUCGGAGCGACAGCCCUCCUCCUCACCUUUCCUUACUGGAAUCCUUGCUCUUUUUCCUUUACUCUGUCACCGAGCCACCUCCUCUUCUUCACGCUCUAUUUUAUGGCUGCUGCAGAACUGCUAGGGCGGCACUAUCUCCUGGAGUUGCGGAGAGUUUCCCCACAGCUAUACACUGUUUCUCCGGCCACCGAGUGCUGCACCCCAGCCAUGCUCUUCCCUGGCAACGCCUCGCUUAAGGUGGCAGAUUACCUGGAUGGAUCCUUCUGUGUCAAAGGGAAUGCCAAAGACAUGGUCAUUUACCAUAUGGCCAGGACGAUUCCAGGGGAAAGGUCUCACAGUGUGGAGCCCAAUCUCAUCAAACACAUCGGGGCUUAUUCCUCAGUCAGGUCCAACCCAUCCAGACCCAAACUUUUAUGACAGAACCAGGAGGACAUAUCUCCAGCAUAUCAACUGUCUGGAUGUUUUGAGAUUUGGUGAGAACUGGUUUGAUGAUUUGAAACAUGAAAAAGUUGAGUAGAAGUUUUAGAUGUCUCAUCUGCCACUCAGCCAAGCCCCUCUCACCAAGCUUCAUCAGCGUCGUCAACUUUCAUGUUUGCUACUCUGCUGAGAGGUUUCGCACUUGUCACCUCUUUUAUUUCCCUUUUCAGAGAAGCCUAAUCUUUAUCAUCAUGAAUGGAUAAAUGACAAGUCAAGGAAAAGGUUUGUUUGUGCGCUUACAAAACCUUGGCUUCAGGUUGUGAUAGGAUUUAGUCCAACUGUUGAAUCUCAUCCUUAAGAAUGAUCUUUGGUUGAUACAUGCUCCUAAAAUAAAUGCAGUUUGAAAUUUAAUGUGAAUUAAUCACAGAAAACCAAAACAAACAGCAACACCUGUUUCCACUGAGGCGAAAGCGUACAUUUAAGUUAAGUUUGUCCCCAAACGAAAACAUUGUGGUGUUUUAGAUGCUGCUUGGUGGUAAAAUUAAACACCACUUCACAUUUCACAGGCAGAAUGAAUGACUGAUUUAACGAUCUACAGAUAAAUGGAAAUAGGAGGAGCAUCGGGACUGUUUUGGUCUACUAUGGAACCAUGUACAGAGCUAAAACACUGUCAGACUACCAAGCUGCUGUUGGAGAUGACUACAUCAGAACUUGGUGCCACCUGCAGAGCAGCGACAUGACCAAACGUCUGGUCUGGCACGCUCUGCGUCAGGCUUCAUGAGGUGACGGGGAACAUUGUUUCCAGAUUCCUUUGCUGCCUUCUGGUAGGGCUUCUCUCUCAGAGGGACAUGCAGCAUUGAAAGGCAACACACUGCUGCCUUUUCAAUCUUUCCAACCAAUUCUGAAACAAGCUGUUUUAAAUGAAGCUAACAAACAUUUGAUAGUUUGAUGCAGGGCUGUCCAAAGUCGGUCCUCGAGGGCCGCUGUCCUGUAGGUUUUCAAUGUUUCCUGCUUCAACACACCUGACUCAAAUGAAAUGGAUCCACCAGCCUAUUAGGUUUUGCACAGUGACUCAUUAAUUUGAGUCAGGUGGUUUUGGAGCAGGGACACAUUGAAAACCUGCAGGAUUGUGGCCCUCGAGGACCGAGCUGGACACCCCUGGUUUGAUGCAAACAGAAUGAGACUACAUGAACCUGGUUUAAAAACCACGUUGAGUUUGUCCUCAAGCAACCGUUUUCCUUUAGCUUUGCAGAGCUACUUAGUGAUGUGGGAUGUGUGUAGUUUAAACCAUGACUUCACAUCCAGGAGUAGUCUCCAUGACAGCAGCUGCUUAUUUUAUGACGUUCUGAUUGUACCCACUGCUGCCUGAAUCCCUCGGCGGUGUUCAGCUCUCUGCCCAAACACUCGACUGCACUGCUGCUUUCACAGACGCAGGAAUUUUGAUUAUCUUCUAGAUACAAGAGUUCUAGUUUACUACAGUAAAGACUGAUUAUUUAACAAAAACCUAGGAGCUCACCGAAUGUGCCUUUAAUAUUUUCCACUUUUAACAGACUCCAUAGUUUAAUUUAUCUGAGUUUACAUGUUCAUACAUAACCAGAUCCUUCAGAAAAUAGCAGAAGUUGUCAAAACGUUCGAUCAGAGGCCUUUAAGAGUUUUCCCCAGUUUACCACCGAUGACUCUGGACACAUAAUGAAGUUAUAAGUCAAACUGGUUCCUGUAAUCAGCUGUUAAUGACCAAAUGAAGAAAAGGAAAAACUGUAUGAUAGGUGUACAGGACUGUUAUCCUAAUGGGUUUUAUGUUGUGUUUAAGUAGGAGACCAAGCGACCUCUGAACACGGCUGGAAGGUCGUAUCGUUCAGACGGCCCGGCCUCCCAAGGCUGCCCAACAUGUGAUUAACUCGGCUUAUUUGAGCUGCGGUUGAGUCGGAUGUCAGUAGAUAAGAAGCAGCCUGCAGCUGGUUGGCUUUGUUUAAAGACUCAAAUCCACCAGCCUCAGAUUUGUUGUCAGCAAUAAAAAGUGUAGAAGUAUCAGGUUUACUGCUGCACUCCCAGCGAGGAGUGGAACUUGUUAAUCAUUGAGCAGCGAGACGUGUUUCUCGUCUUUCUGCUCAGCUCACUGAAGUGUACUUUCUACCUACAGAAUCUGGCUCAAAAAUAAGACACGUUUUUAUGAAAUGUUCAUCAUUAUAACACUCCAGCCUAUCACAAGCUGAUUUUAACCCAAUUAAAAAUGACAAAAUAUUAACACAGAAAGUCACUUUCUAUUUAAAACUCACAAAAAUCUAUUCACAGACAUUGUGUGCAUAAAAAAAAAAAAAAAGCAGCUUAAUAACACACAAGCAUGAAAUUCAGAUGAAUGUUAAGGUUCGUCAUCUUUGUUCUAGCUGGUCACGUUUUAAGAGAUUUAUGAUCCAGCUGUUCACUUUGUUCCUAAUGUGUGGCUUUUUUGGUUUUUGAGAACAUAAUUAUUAGGGACGCAUCGAUACCACAUGUUUUUUCAAACCCAGUACAAGUACUUACAUUUGAGUACUUGCUGAUUCGAGUACUGACAUGAGUACUAAUAAAUCCCCUUACAGCCCACUGGUAAGGAGAGCGGACCGGACGUGAUGAGUGGGUGGGUAAUCAAACGGGUGGUCCUGGCAGAAUCUUCCUAAAUAUGGAGGAUAAAGUGGUUUUUAGUGGAUUCUCUUCACCGCUGGGACAAAAGCACCUACAUUAUUUCCUGUUUCUCACCCGUUAUCUUGAUUUAACUUUCACUGCACUUUAUUAAAUAAUAUGAAUUAAAAUAAUUUAGAAAGAAAAUAUUUAAAAUAAAGAAUAUUAUUGUUAAUAUGAAGAUCUGUUGAUUAAAAUGAGAAACAAUCAGUUUUCUUUUCGUGUUGAGGUUUGCUGUUCAAGAGGAUUAAAAUAAUUUCCUCUGCUUUAGUGAAAUCAAACAUUUAAAAUGUAUUUUGCUUUGAUUCAAGUUUGAUUUGGUUUUAUGUCCAGCAUACACAUUUAAUUAUUAUCUAAAUGUUAAUGACAAACAUUUAAACUCUGGGGUUUGAUUUGGCUCUCCAUCUCUGGAUGUCGUUUUCUUUCUCUGUGUGUUUGUAAUGUGGAAACAACGGCCUGUUUAUAGGAGACGAUGCAUAUUAAAGUAAAGCAUACCUUACGAGGCCUUUGGAGCUCUGCAGAGGUUUCUUUACUUUGUUUAUUUAACACACCUUUUACAGCUGUGUGUGUAAAAUAAGCUCGUCGGCGUAGGUUGGUCUUUUUAAUGGGAAUUAAUUAUUUAGACAAAAGACUCUGAUCUUUGCUGGAAAAUACAAAUGAAUUAUUUCCUAUUAGUAGUAAGCUGAAUGAUGAGCUCUGUCCACUCUGACACUUUAACUGUUUUCUACACUAAAACACAAUAAAUCCCUUGGUUUGACGUGA